CCCAGGCCAGGCCAGCACAUUUUUAGUUUAGAACACACACCAAUAAAUUUUCCUCCCACAUUUCUUUCCCCUUUCCCUCGUUCUCCUUCACUCAUGCCUCACUCGUUUCCCAGCACUGCUCUUCCUCUACUCAUCUCCCUUCUCCAACCACUCUCUCUUUCUCUCUCCUAAAAUAUCUCUUUAACCUCAUAUUCACCACUUUCUCUCCUCAAACCUCCAUUUUUGCCGCCAUGAAAGAAGCUUCAACACCACCUCUAAAUGACGACCUUCUCCAUCUCUCAACUCAACGACUAACCUCUCUCCUCGAAACACACCUCCCUCACAUCCACCACUUCAAAGGAAAAUGGUCGUUGAUCAAAGGUAAACUCGUUUCUCUUCAAUCUCACCUCGCCGAACUAUCUGACUCCACUUCUUCUCACUCUCUCUCCUCCAACUCUCUCUCUAUCUCCGUCCUCUCCUCGCUUUUCGCCGCGCUUUCCGACGGAAUUUUACUCGCCGGAAAAUGCUCCGACGCCGACGCGAUUCCCGAUGGUAAACUUCGCACUCAAAGCGACAUCGAUUCUCUCUCCUCGAAGCUCGACCGAAUCAGCAAAGACUGCGAGAUCUUGCUUCGCAGUGGAGUUCUACACCAAGACGGCGCCAUUACGGUGGUGCAGCCGGCGGCGAGGGAGGCGGUUAGGGUUGAGGUUAGGAAUUUUUUGACUCGGCUUCAGAUCGGAACAAAUGAGGCGAAGAAUUCGGCGAUGGACUCGUUGUUAGGGUUGCUUGUUGAGGAUGAUAAGAAUGUGCUGAUUGCGGUUGCGCAGGGGAUUGUUCCUGUGCUUGUGCGCUCACUCGAUUCGACUUCGGUGGAGAUGAGAGAGAAAAUUGUUGCUGCCAUUGCUAGGGUUUCGACGGUCGAUUCCAGUAAGCAUGUUUUGAUUGCUGAGGGUUUGUUGUUGUUGAAUCAAUUGAUUAGAGUGAUUGAAUCAGGAAGUGGUUUUGCUAAGGAGAAAGCUUGUGUUGCACUUCAGGCGUUGAGUUUUUCUAAGGAGAAUGCCAGAGCUAUUGGUUCUAGAGGUGGAAUUUCGUCGUUGUUGGAGAUUUGUCAUGGCGGAACUCCGAGUUCGCAAGCGAUGGCGGCCGGAGUGUUGAGGAACUUAGCUCAAUUUGAGGAAAUUAAGGAGAAUUUCGUCGAAGAGAAUGCAAUUCCGGUGUUGAUUGCGUUGUCGGCUUCAGGGACGACGCUGGCGCGGGAGAAUGCAAUUGGUUGUUUGUCGAAUUUGGUGUAUAAUGAUGAGACAUUGAAGGUUUUGGUUGCAAGAGAGGGCGGAGUUGAGAAUUUGAAGAAUUAUUGGGAUUCGACUCCGGUAGGCAGAGGUUUAGAGCCUGCUGUUGAGUUGUUAAAGAAUUUUUCGUCGUAUCAUCCAAUUGGGGAAGUUUUGAUUUUCCAGGGAUUCCCAUUGAGGUUAUUGCCACUGUUGAAUUGUGGGGUUUUAAGUGUAAGAAUUGCAGCUGCAGGAGCUGUUUAUGAACUCGGAUUUUGCUCGAAAGCAAGGAGAGAGAUGGGUGAAUGUGGCUGUGUUUCUGCAUUGGUGAGAAUGUUGGAUGGGAAAGCCAUUGAGGAGAGAGAAGCAGCUGCAAGAGCGCUGUCGAAUCUCAUGGCGUGUACCUGUAAUAGGAAGAUAUUCAGGAAGGAAGAGAGAGGGAUAGUGGCCACAGUUCAGCUAUUGGAUCCAUUGACUAAAAAUUUGGAUAUGAAGAAAUGGCCAAUCGCGGUUUUGGCCACUUUGAUUAGCUCUAAGAAGUGCAGGAAACAAAUGGUUGGUGCCGGAGCUUGUGUAUACCUACAGAAGCUUGCAGAGCUCGAAGUUGAGGGAGCGAAGAAGCUUCUGGAGAGUCUUGGCCGGGGUAAACUGUGGGGCGUUUUCGCCAGGCCUUGAUGAUCAGAGUGUUGUGAGUUUUAGUUUUUCUGUAUGUAUAAUCCUUUUGAGCUUGGUUUUCUUUUUUUACGUCUCUGCCUUACCACUCGAUUUUCUUACUAAUUCCUUGUUUAUAGUUGUGGUUAGAGUUUGUGACAGGAAAAAUGGCAAUUGUGAGUAGUAGACUAGUAAUAGUAGAUGAUCUAAUUGUUUGAAUGACAUCUUUGUUUGUAGAGAGAAUAAUUGUUGGUUAAUGACACAAAUCCGGAUUGAAUUUGUAUCUUCUUCAA